CUUGCCAAUAAAUAUCCAAAUGUCAGUCAGCUUGUGCAGUUGCAGCCUGAUCAGUCAACCAGUCAAACAGCGAGUCCAUUGGUUAAAAUGUCCACGAGGAUCCUGUCCAUUACUCUUCUCCUGCUCUUUGCAUGCUCUCUGUCCACUGCGAACAACAAGCGUCACCCCACCCGAAGGUUCCCACCUCCAUGCUGUGUUACACUCUCCACCGCUAACAUCAGCAGUGAUGUGACUGGGGACACGUAUCGUCAACCGCCUGCCAAACGUCCCUGUGUGGAUGCUAUAAUUUUGAACACACAACACGGACCAGUCUGUGUUAAUCCCAAUUCUGAAUGGGUCCAGAAAAUUACUGCCAAUAUGACGAAGCUGUGAAAGGUCAUCGCCUGCCUGAGCAAAACUUUUUUCCUGCUGCUGUUUGAAAAGCCCAACACACACAUACACACACACACACACACACACAGUAACAUGUAAUAAUCACCUUGCAUUCAUAUACCUCAAUGCUUCCAACUUAACUUAACUAUAGCUACAGUAAGAAUAACAUUGUAUGUGGCAAUAAAUAUAUUUAAUCUUCAAAACUUCUUAAAUUAUUUUUGGUUUUCGCAACAACAAUUUAUUUCAGUUUUUUGCAGUUAAUGAAAUAUUUUGCUUCUUAAAAGCUCACGUUGCCUCACUUCUUAUAUCCAACCAAAUCCCUUGAAAUUAACGUGAUGAACAAUUUGCAAGUAAGAGAGCUGGAUGUGACAACGGAGGGUUUAAGUUUAGGUGUUUUAGUAUGACACGACAAAAUUAAGGAGCAUACUGUGAUAAAGUUAAAGUUCAACAAAAUACAGUUAAAACAAAUAUUUUCGUGUUUAUUGUGAUGGAUUUUAUCUCAAUCUGUUAAAGUUUUUUAAGUUUUCUGUUUGACCUUCCCUUCAAACCUCCCUCGCUGAAAAUUGACAGACUUGAAGAAAAAAACAGAAGAUUGCCAAUGAAAAUUAUCGAUAAGCAAAAAUGUUAAAAAAUAAAACAAUUCUUGAUGUCUUCUAUUUUUAAGUGGCAGAUAUUUUGUUCAAUUCCGAUACGUUAUGAAAACGAUAAGUUUUCCAAAUAAAAAUGUUUCAAUGCUAA